UUUUCAGCGUUUCGUAGCUAAAAAGAAAACAUGGCGGAAGGAAGGCAGCAAGAGAUUGAUUACGGCGUGGGAUAUGGUUCUGAGUUUGAUGAACAGGAAGCAGCGGAGAGGAGCAAGACCUGGAGAGACGAUGAACUAUCAGGGAUCAAACGGAAGGCCAAUACAACUGGCGGUUUACCAUCUAAACGUGUAGUUUCCAGUGAAUAUAGCAGGCAAGAAGCUAAAGGCCAAAAAUAUGAUUUCAUUGCCUUGGAUGCUUACUCAAAGCACAAGAAAAUGAUCAAUGAUUACAUCUUAUACUAUGGAAGAGGAAUAGAACAUUUCAAAAGGGACAGCUCCAGGGAUAAAACAGACAUGGAUGUUAUCAAGGAGGAGCAUAGGUUUAUUUGGAAUGAAGAGGAUGACCCAGAAGGUUCCUGGGAAAAACGUUUGGCUAAGAAGUAUUAUGACAAGCUUUUUAAAGAGUACUGUAUUUCUGAUCUUAGCAGAUACAAAGAAAACAAGGUGGCAUUAAGGUGGAGAAUUGAAAAAGAAGUCAUUGAAGGAAAAGGGCAGUUCACCUGUGGAGACAAGAGAUGUUCAGAAUCUGAAGGACUUCGCAGCUGGGAGGUUAAUUUUGCUUAUAUGGAACAUGGAGAAAAGAAAAAUACUCUCAUUAAACUCAGACUCUGUCCAGAUUGUUCCUAUAAACUCAACUAUCAUCACAAGAAGAAACUUGCUAAGAAAAAGAAAAAAGAAGGGGAUAGAGAGUCACAGAAAUCACAUUCAGGCAAGAAAAAGAAGAGGAAUAGACAUCACAGACACAAAGAGCUAGACUUGUCUGGUUCAUCUGAAGACUCUGAAGAUAACUGCAGUACUACAGAUGGUGGAUCAUCAAAAGAUGUUGAAAACACCAACUCUACAAGUACUGGUGAAGAUAUCUGGAAAGGCCCAGCAAAGAUUACUGUUGAUAAAACAAGGGAGGAAGAAUUUGAAGAGUACUUCCAAGAUAUGUUUCUGUGACACAAGUUACUGUUUUGACCUCACAAACACUCAUGUGAGCCUGCUCACGAUGACAUUUGCCCCAGUGUUACAAUGACAUUUGCCUCAGUGUGAUAGAGAGACGCAGUGAUGAUUAAUUUUAAUCAAGUAAAAGUUGUUCAGGAAUUUUA